AUGCAGCCAGGAAGGGAAGUGGGAGCAGCCCUGGCAGCUGCAUUCAGUUGUAACUUGAGCUUUUGGUUUUUUGUUUUUUUUUCCUUGCAGAAAUGUUAUGAACAAAAACAAUACAAAAAUGGACUCAAAUUUUGCAAGAUGAUCCUCUCUAACCCGAAGUUUGCUGAACAUGGAGAGACCUUGGCCAUGAAAGGACUAACGCUGAACUGUUUAGGGAAGAAAGAAGAAGCAUAUGAAUUUGUUCGUAAAGGACUUCGUAAUGAUGUAAAGAGUCAUGUCUGUUGGCAUGUAUAUGGACUUCUGCAGCGUUCUGACAAGAAAUACGACGAAGCUAUUAAGUGUUAUCGAAAUGCUCUCAAAUUAGAUAAAGACAAUCUACAAAUUCUAAGAGAUCUCUCACUGUUACAGAUUCAAAUGAGGGAUCUAGAAGGAUACAGAGAGACAAGGUACCAGCUACUUCAGCUGCGUCCAACACAACGAGCUUCAUGGAUUGGAUAUGCUAUUGCAUAUCAUUUAUUAAAAGAUUAUGAUAUGGCCUUAAAACUACUGGAAGAGUUUAGAAAAACUCAGCAGAUUCCUCCUAAUAAAAUAGAUUAUGAAUAUAGUGAACUUAUUUUAUACCAGAAUCAAGUGAUGAGAGAGGCAGAUCUGUUUCAAGAGUCUUUAGAACAUAUAGAAACAUAUGAGAAGCAAAUAUGUGAUAAGCUCAUAGUAGAAGAAAUCAGAGGAGAAAUGCUAUUGAAGUUGGGGAGACUAAAAGAAGCUGGUGAAGUGUAUAAAGAACUAAUUGAUCGGAAUGCAGAAAACUGGUAUUAUUAUGAAGGUUUGGAAAAGGCUCUACAACCUAGCACCUUAGAAGAGAGGCUUCAGAUUUAUGAAGAAGUUAGCAAAAGACAUCCCAGAGCAGUUUCACCUAGAAGAUUACCUUUAAACUUUGUUUCAGGUGAAAAAUUUAGAGAACUAAUGGAUAAGUUCCUGAGGGUUAACUUCAGUAAAGGCUGCCCACCUUUGUUUACCACUUUGAAAUCAUUGUAUUACAAUCCAGAAAAGGUUUCUACAGUCCAAGAACUUGUUACUGGAUAUGAAGCCUCUCUGAAAACCUGUGACCUUUUUAGUCCUUAUGAAAAUGGAGAGAGAGAGCCCCCAACGACACUGCUUUGGGUUCGGUAUUUCCUGGCACAGCACUUUGACAAACUUGGCCAGUGUUCAUUGGCCUUGGAUUACAUUAAUGCUGCAAUUGCAAGCACUCCAACAUUAAUAGAACUGUUCUAUUUAAAAGCAAAAAUUUACAAGCAUGUAGGAAAUCUCAAAGAAGCUGCCAAAUGGAUGGAUGAGGCACAGUCUCUGGAUACAGCAGACAGAUUUAUCAACUCCAAAUGUGCAAAGUACAUGCUACGAGCUAAUAUGGUGAAAGAUGCUGAGGAGAUGUGUUCCAAGUUCACAAGGGAAGGAACAUCUGCUAUGGAAAAUCUCAAUGAGAUGCAAUGUAUGUGGUUCCAGACUGAAUGUGCAACCGCUUAUCAGAGAUUAGGGAAAUAUGGGGAUGCCUUGAAAAAAUGUCACGAAGUGGAAAGGCAUUUUUUUGAGAUAACAGAUGAUCAAUUUGACUUCCAUACAUAUUGCAUGAGAAAGAUGACUCUUCGUGCCUAUGUAGACCUCUUGAGAUUAGAAGAUGUGCUCAGGAAACAUGCCUUCUAUUUUAAGGCUGCUCGGUCAGCAAUUGAAAUCUACUUGAAGCUACAUGAUAAUCCUCUAACCAACGAAAGCAAAGAACAAGAAGUGAAUUCAGAAAACCUCUCAGCCAAAGAACUAAAGAAGAUGCUUAGUAAACAAAGAAGAGCACAGAAGAAAGCCAAACUUGAAGAAGAGAGAAAACAUGCAGAAAGAGAGCGGCAGCAAAAGAAUCAAAAGAAAAAAAGGGAUGAGGAAGAGGAGGAAACUAGUGGCCCCAAGGAAGAGCUAGUUCCUGAAAAACUGGAAAGGGUAGAAAAUCCAUUAGAGGAAGCUAUUAAGUUCCUUAUACCACUUAAGAAUCUUGUUGCAGAUAACAUAGACACUCAUCUUUUAGCAUUUGAAAUAUACUUUAGAAAAGGAAAGUUUCUGCUAAUGUUGCAAUCUGUCAAAAGAGCUUUUGCCAUCAACAGUAAUAAUCCAUGGCUACAUGAAUGUUUGAUUAAAUUCUCUAAAGCUGUAUCAGAUCAUAGUAAUCUCCCGGAAAUUGUGAGCAAAGUACUAACACAAGAAAUGCAGAAAAUCUUUAUUAACAAAGACUUGGAAAGUUUUAACGAAGAGUUUCUCAAACACAGUGCUACCUCCAUUCAGCACCAACUGUCAGGUGCUAAGAUGAUGUAUUUCCUUGAUAAAUCAAGACAAGAGAAAGCAAUUGCUAUUGCUACUAGAUUGGAUGAAACUAUGGGAGACAAAAAUGUGAAGAUUUUAACAAAGGUUUGCGAGGCACUGCUUGAUGGAAGCUUUGGAAGCUGUCAUAGUCAAUAUGAAGAAUAUCGAGCAGCGUGUCAUAAACUGUUUCCUUUUACUUCUGCCUUCAUGCUGGCCACAAAUGAGGAUGAUAGUAGCAUUACAUCAGUGAACCACACAGCAGUGAACCAUGAUGUGCUGUCCAAUGAAAUUUGAACUAGUAUAUAUACAUAUAUAUACUGAUAUGAAAAAAAAAUCUCACCCUUACCAUACAAAACUGGCUGGAUACAGAUCAGGGUAACUUUUCCAGGUUGUAUUUUAAUAUCUCUAACAGGUAUAAAUGAAAUAUUUGGAUAGCUAAAUGCAAAUGGAGUAUGCUAAUAGUUGUUUUUUCCUCCCAACAAGAACUGCCAAUAUUUAUGUAAACAUUACAUGUAAUCAGCGCUUGUCAUGUUUAUAUUUGUACAGUUUCAGGUCUUUUAACAAGAAGAUCCCUAAAUUACAGACAUUAAAGACUCUCUUCACCUAAAUGUUGUUACAUAUAAAAAUAAAUGUGAUCAUAUCUUGUUAAUAAAAUGAUCAGUUGAGCAGAUUUUAGCAAAUUAAGACUGAUAAAGUUCUGCUUGUAGCAUCCUCCAUCAUUUUCUGUUGGUUUUUUUUUUCUUUUCCUUUUUUUUUUUUUUUUUUAAUUUGGUCAGUGUGGUUUCUUUUGAAGCACAUAAUUAUAAAAGUGGUGACUGUUUUGCAUGUUUUUGUCAAUUCUGUGUUUUGUAUGGAACCAGUGCCGGUAGAUACUGGGAGGUCUGGCUUAUUUACAAUUUUUAAGUUUUUGAAAACUGUCUUCUAUCUACCUUGUGUUCCAUCACUAUUGUUAGCUGUUGUUUCCUUAAGUUUCAAAUGGUUUAACAUUUUAAAAACAGUUGAGUAUGCAUUAAGAAUUCCCAGAAAUAAUAGAGACUGCGAUACACCAUUGUCUGUCUGUUCCCCAUCCCUUUCUUCCUCCUCCCUUGCAUUUUUAGAUUGGAAAGGCUACUCCAAGGUUGGGCAGAAGUGUAUGGUACAGUAAUGGGGAAUAUAGAUCUCCAGAUUUUAUAAAUUUGCUGGUAAGUUUACCAUAUACCUCCAUUAAAAGUCUUAGUUGCGGAUUUAUGGCCAAUAAAUUUAAUACUUUUCUUCCUUAAAUACUAUUGCUUUAUGUACUAUAAAACAAGUAGUAUUUGAGGAAUGCAUUUUAUAUUUAAAAACUAAUUAAGGGAGCACAAAGAGGCUGACAACACAUCAAUGAACUUUUUUCUUACUCUGUAUUCUGGUACAUUAAUUAUUAAAUGUACAACAUAUCAAAAAUGAAAGUCGGAAUCAAAUAUAGCCAUGUAAAGCAUAAUACUGCUGGAGAAAAUGCCUACAUGUGACAGCUUUACAUUCUAUGAGAACUGCUAUCAAAAUAUAAUUAUACUGUGGCUUGUACAGAAAUAAGUUUUCUGGAAACUGUAAUGGAAUCAUUCAACCAGUUUGUUUUUAUUUUACCGCAAUGUAAAUAUUUCAGUAAUAUUAACUAGCCCCUCUAAGACAAAUAUACAUUCAUGAAGGGGGAUUUUAUUAAGACAAAUAAACUGUUCUAAUUAAAA